UCCUGCCCAGCCACACGUGUGGCACUCCUGGCCUUAUUCCGAAUGGAAUUAUCCAUGGAUCGAGAUACAACAUGGGAGACAAGAUCCGAUACAGCUGCGAGUCGGGUUUUGUGCUGGAAGGUCACAGUACCCUCACAUGCAUCGUGUCACCUGGCAGUGGAGCACAGUGGGACUUCCCAUCGCCGUUUUGUCGAGCGGAGGGAGCAUGCGGCGGCACGUUACGAGGCACCGCGGGUUCAAUCACCAGCCCCGGAUAUCCAGCAGAGUACGACAACAACCUGGACUGCACAUGGUCAAUCCUCGCUGAACCCGGGGACACGAUCGCUCUUGUUUUCAAUGACUUCCUAUUAGAAGACAAAUAUGACUUUCUGGAAAUCAGCGGGACAGAAGCACCAAGCAUAUGGCUGACAGGUACAACUCUUCCCUCACCAGUGAUAUCGAAUAAAAACUGGCUUCGGAUACAUUUCACCUCAGACAGCAAUCACAGAAGAAAAGGAUUUAGUGCUCAGUAUCAAGUGAAGAAAGCCAUAGAGUUGAAGUCCAGAGGGGUAAAGAUGAUGCCCAGCAAAGACUCCAGUCACAAAAAUGCUGUCUUGAGCCAGAGUGGCCUUGCUGGUGACGUUUGUCCAGAUCCCGGAGUUCCUGAAAAUGGCAAAAGGAUGGGUUCAGUCUUCCAGGUCGGCUCAAGUGUCCAGUUCAGCUGUGAUGACAGCUAUGUUCUGCAUGGAUCUAAAAGUAUCACUUGUCAACGGGUCACUGACACUCUGGCUGCUUGGAGCGACCACAGACCCAUCUGCAGAACCCGUACCUGUGGCAGUAAUCUGAGAGGGCCCAGAGGGGUGAUAACAUCUCCUAACUACCCUGUUCAGUAUGAGAACAAUGCACACUGUGUGUGGGUCAUCACUGCAAUGGACUCUGACAAGGUAAUAAAGCUGUCAUUCGACGAGUUCGAUCUGGAGAGAGGCUAUGACACGCUGACUGUGGGAGACGGUGGAAAGAUAGGAGACACUCGGAGGGUACUCUAUGUACUCACUGGUGCCAGCGUCCCUGAUCUUAUCGUGAGCUUGUCGAAUCAGAUGUGGCUACACCUGCAGUCAGACGACACAAUCGGCUCUGCGGGGUUCAAGGCAAUCUAUGAAGAAAUCAACAGAGGAGGUUGCGGUGAUCCCGGAGUGCCUGCGUUUGGUCGUCGUAGCGGCGAUCGUUUUCAGCACGGUGACGUCUUGACCUUCUUUUGCCAGUCGGCUUUUGAGCUGGUGGGAGAAAAAACCAUCACGUGCCAACACAAUAACCAGUGGUCUGGAAACAAACCCAGUUGUGUGUUUUCUUGCUUCUUCAACUUCACGGCUCCAUCAGGGACCGUGUUGUCCCCAAACUACCCAGAGGAGUACGGUAACAACCUGAACUGUGUGUGGUUGAUUAUCUCUGAGCCGGGCAGUCGAAUACAUCUCUUCUUCUCUGACUUUGACCUGGAGCCACAAUUUGAUUGGCUGGUAGUUAAAGAUGAAGGUUUGUCUGAGGCAACAACAUUUGGGACUUUCUCAGGAAAAGACGUUCCAUCGCAAAUUGCAUCAAAUGGACAUAUUAUGAGACUGGAAUUCCAGUCUGACCAUUCCAAUACUGGGAAAGGCUUCAAUAUCAGCUACACAACAUUUGGUCAGAAUGAAUGUCAUGACCCGGGUGUUCCAGUCAACGGACAGAGGUAUGGUGACCAGUUUCAGCUGGGCAGUUCGGUGGCUUUUCGCUGUGAUCAAGGAUUCAUUAGGACACAGGGGUCGGAUCAGGUCACUUGCAUCAUUCAGGAUGGGAACGUCGUUUGGUCUGCCGCUGUUCCUCGAUGUGAAGCUCCCUGCGGAGGCCAUCUCACAGCCCCUGCCGGUGUUGUACUGUCUCCUGGUUGGCCUUCCUUUUAUAAAGAUUCUCUCAACUGCCAGUGGGUCAUUGAGGCACAGAAAGACCAUGCUGUAAAAAUACACUUUGACAAGUUCCAGACGGAGGUAAACUAUGACACACUGGAGAUCAGAGACGGCCCGUCAGCCUCCUCCCCGCUGAUUGGUGAAUACCACGGCACCCAAGCGCCUCAUUUCCUGAUUUCCACAUCCAACUUCCUGUUCCUGUUGUUCACCACUGACAACAGCCGGUCCUCAGCUGGUUUCAGCAUCAGAUAUGAAAGUGUGAGGAUGGAGUCAGACUCAUGCCUCGAUCCCGGUAUCCCAGUCAACGGCCGUCGCCAUGGCAGUAGCUUUUCCAUUGGCUCCCACGUCUCAUUUGCAUGCAACCCUGGAUACACACUCAGUGAUCAGGAGCCAAUUGUUUGUGAGCAGAGUCACCAGUGGAGUCAUGCUCUUCCCAGCUGCGAUGCGCUGUGUGGAGGCUAUGUUUUUGGUAAAACAGGAACAAUUCUAUCUCCUGGCUUUCCUGAUUUUUACCCCAAUUCUCUGAACUGCACCUGGACUAUAGAGGUGUCUCAUGGAAAAGGGGUCCAUCUGGUUUUUCAUACUUUCCACCUAGAGGAGAACCAUGACUACCUGUCCAUCAUUGAAGAUGGCAACUUCCAGGCUCCGGUGGCUCGACUCACCGGCUCAGUGCUUCCACCAAGCGUCAAAGCUGGACUCUAUGGAAACUUCAGUGUGCAGCUGCGAUUUAUAUCAGAUUUCUCCAUGAGUUACGAAGGAUUUAAUAUAACUUUUUCAGAGUACGACUUGGAGCCCUGUGAGGAUCCCGGUGUGCCGGCAUUCAGCAGGAGGAUGGGAUUUCGAUUUGGAGUCGGUGACUCGCUUGCCUUCUCUUGUUUCCACGGCUACAGACUUGAGGGAGACAGUAAGAUCACUUGUCUCGGAGGUGGCAGGAGAGUGUGGAGCAACACACUGCCGAGGUGUAUAGCCGAGUGUGGAGCUUCCACGCUAGGACCAGAAGGUGUUCUACUCUCUCCAAAUUUUCCCUCCAGCUACGAUAACAACCAUGAGUGCAUCUACCGCAUCACUACUGAAAAGGGCAAAGGAAUCAGGCUGAAAGCUGAGCGCUUCUCUUUGCAAGAUGGAGACUAUCUAAAGGUGUAUGAUGGAGAGAAUACCACAUCCCGUCUUCUUGGCAACUUUACACUUGAUGGAAUGAUGGGUCGUGUCAUCAACAGUACGUCCAAUCACUUAUGGCUGGAGUUCAACAGCAAUGCCUCUGGAACGGACCAGGGCUUCCGCCUUACUUACACAAGUUUUGAUCUGGUUCGCUGUGAGGAGCCUGGAGUUCCCAGUUAUGGGUAUAAAACCCAGGACGAUGGGCAUUAUGCCAAUACGUUCGUCCUGUACUCCUGCAACCCAGGGUACACCCUGCAUGGCAGCAGUACGCUUACCUGUCUGAGUGGUGAUAGGCGUGUCUGGGACAAGCCACUGCCUUCCUGUAUCGCGGAGUGUGGAGGUCACAUAACUGGAGCAGUGUCUGGACGGAUUCUUUCCCCUGGAUACCCGGCUCCAUAUGACAACAACCUCCACUGUACCUGGACUAUAGAGGCAGACACAGGCAAGACCAUCAGCCUCCACUUCAUUGUCUUUGACACUGAGGUCGGCCACGAUAUUCUGAGAGUUUGGGACGGUCCAUCUGGCUCCUCAGACGGUGGGAUCCUGUUGAAAGAGUGGUCUGGCCCAGCCUUGCCUGAAGAUAGCCACUCGACUUUCAACAUCCUCACUCUACAGUUUGAUGCUGAUUAUUUUAUCAGCAAACAAGGAUUUUCUAUACAGUUCUCUACCACAACAGCGACAUCCUGCAAUGACCCGGGUAUCCCCGUAAACGGUUCUCGAUACGGAGACAGUAAAGAGCCCGGUGACAGCAUGACCUUCCAGUGUGACCCCGGCUAUCAACUGCAAGGCCAAGACACCAUCACAUGUGUACGAAUGGAUAACAGAUUCUACUGGCAGCCAGAUCCACCAACCUGCAUGGCGACCUGCGGGGGUAAUGUCAGCGGUCCUUCCGGUGUGAUUCUGUCUCCGAACUACCCGCAGCCUUACCCUCCUGGGAAAGAGUGCGACUGGAGAAUCAGAGUCAAUCCUGACUUUGUCAUUGCCCUCAUCUUCAAAAGUUUCAACAUGGAGCCAAGUUACGACUUCCUGCACAUUUAUGAAGGCGAAGACUCAAACGGACCUCUCCUUGCAAGUCUUCAAGGCAACCAGGCCCCUGAGCGCAUAGAAAGCAGCGGGAACAGUCUUUUCCUGGCAUUCAGAUCAGAUGCAUCACUAGGAAUGUCUGGAUUUGCUAUUGAAUAUAGAGAGAAACCAAGAGAGGCCUGUUUUGACCCUGGUAACAUCAUGAAUGCCAGUCGGACCGGCUAUGACUACAAACUAGGAUCCCAGGUCUCCUACAGCUGUCACCAUGGCUACACAAUAGUGGGUAGUGAAACCAUUAUGUGUGUCAUGGGGCAUGAUGGGAAACCAGUGUGGGACAAGGCCUUGCCAUCAUGUAAAGCUCCGUGUGGAGGACACUACAGCGGAUCUGAAGGUGUUGUUUUAUCCCCAAACUAUCCUUUAAACUACACCAUGAGACAGAUGUGUUCCUAUCACAUCACUGUGUCCCCACAGUUUGUGGUAUUUGGUCAGUUUGCUGUUUUCCAGACGGCAAUGAAUGACUCAGUGGAGCUUUUUGAUGGAGCCAAUGAUAAUGCUCGACUGCUCAGCUCCCUGGCUGGAUCCCAUUCAGGAGAGACAUUGCCGCUGGCAACAUCCAAUCAGAUCAUGCUUCGGUUCAAUGCCAAGAGCGGCCAGUCAGCUAAAGGCUUUCAUUUUGUCUACCAAGCUGUGCCUCGCACAAGUGACAGUCAGUGCAGCUCAGUGCCAGAGCCUCGGUACGGCAGGCGAAUCGGCUCGGAGUUCUCAGCCGGCUCCGUUGUCCGUUUCGAGUGCAGUCCUGGGUAUCUUUUGAAAGGAUCCAGCGCAAUCCGAUGCCAGGCUGUGCCAGGUGCCCUCGCACAGUGGAACUCAUCGACACCUACAUGUAUAGUUCCCUGCAGUGGCAAUUUGACUGAACGUCGAGGUACAAUAUUGUCUCCUGGCUAUCCUGAGCCGUACCCUAAUGCUCUAAACUGUCUGUGGAGGAUCCAUGUCAGUGAAGGAGCAGGAAUACAGAUCCAAGUUAUAACGUUUGCGACAGAACACAACUGGGACUCUCUGGAGAUCUAUGAUGGAGGGGACAUGACAGCUCCAAAACUGGGAUCCUUUUCAGGAACAACAGCUCCUGCUCUACUGAACUCAACAUCCAAUCAGCUACUCCUGCACUUUCAGAGUGACAUCAGUGUGGUAGCAGCAGGCUUUCACCUGGAAUAUAAGACGGUUGGGCUGACCACUUGUCCUGAACCAAUGAUCCCAGCAAACGGCAUAAAAACAGGAGACAGAUACAUGGUGAAUGAGGUGGUGGCCUUCAUUUGUGAACCUGGUUACACACUACAGGGUCAUUCACACAUCUCAUGCAUGCCUGGGACUGUGCGUCGGUGGAACUACCCACCACCUCUUUGCAUAGCACGCUGCGGUGGGGUCCUAUCUGAGAUGAGUGGUGUCAUCCUCAGUCCAGGUUUUCCUGGCAACUACCCUGGCAACCUGGACUGCACCUGGCAAAUCACCCUGCCAGCUGGAUAUGGAGCCCAUGUUCAGUUCCAAAACUUCUCCUCGGAGGACAACCACGACUUCCUUGAAGUCCGUGCCGGACCACAACACAGCUCUGCUCUCAUUGGUCAAUUCACAGGCUCACAGAUUCCACCACCAUUGAUGAGCACUACUCACCUGACAAUCAUCCACUUCUACAGUGACCACUCAGAGAACAGGCCAGGGUUCAGACUGAUCUACCAGGCUUAUCAGCUUCAGAACUGCCAGGAUCCUUCUCCUUUCCCAAAUGGUGACAUUAUCAAAAGUGACUACAGUGCUGGACAAUCCAUAACCUUUCAGUGCUACUCUGGUUAUGUUCUGAUUGGACACAAGGUGCUAACGUGCCUCCAUGGGAUAAAUCGGAAAUGGAAUCACCCCUUCCCCCGUUGUGAGGCUCCUUGCGGAUAUAAUGUGACAGCUGAGAAUGGGACCAUCUAUUCACCUCAGUACCCCAACGAAUACCCCAACUCCCAAGACUGCAGCUGGCUCAUCAGCGUUCCCCAUGGCCACGGGGUUUACAUCAACUUUACUUUGCUGCAGACAGAGCCAGUCACUGAUUAUAUUGCUGUCUGGGAUGGGCCUGAUACAUCUAGUCCCCAGCUGGGAGUCUUCAGUGGUAACACAGCAUUAGAGUCGGCCUACAGUUCCAGCUCGAAGGUCCUGGUUCGCUUUCAUUCUGACUUCUCUACUGGAGGAUUCUUUAUCCUCAACUUCCAUGCUUAUCGUCUGAAGAAAUGCCCACCUCCUCCUAUUGUGGACAAUGCAGAGAUGAUCUACGAAGACGAGGACUUUCACAUAGGUGAUAUUGUGAAGUAUCGCUGCUUACCUGGCUACACACUGAUUGGAAGAGCAGAGCUUAUGUGUAAGCUUAAUUCCCACUUGCUUUUUGAAGAUCCAGCCCCAAAAUGUCAAGCUCAGUGCCCAGCAAAUGAGGAGAGGUUUUCAUCAUCGGGAGUCAUACUAAGUCCUGGGUUUCCUGGCAACUAUCCCAACAGCCAGACUUGCUCCUGGCUCCUUCGUAUGAUUCCAGGUUACACCAUAAAUAUCUAUGUAGAGAUGUUCCACAGUGAGAAGCAAUUUGAUGAACUGGAGAUUUUUGAUGGAUCAUCAGGACAAAGCCCUUUGCUUGUUGCUCUGAGCGGUAACCAUUCAUCUCAGCUGAACUUCACGUCUAAAACAAACCAGCUCUAUCUACGAUGGUCCACUGACCACGCGACUAACAAGAGGGGAUUCAAGAUACGAUAUUCGGCUUCUUAUUGCAGCAUUAAUGAUCCUCCGUUAAAUGGUGGCGUGGUCAACCGAACGAAACUCCAUCCAGGUAGCAGACUCCAGUUCUACUGUAACCAUGGUUACCGCCUGGUAGGCUUAAGCAACGCCACCUGCAGGCUUGAUUCCAGUGGGCUUUACCAGUGGGACGCACCUGCACCCGUUUGUCAAGCGGUUUCAUGUGGAAUACCUCAGACUCCCGGCAACGGCAGCUUCCAUGCAUACCACUACAAUGUUGGUAGCCAGGUCACCUAUCAGUGUAAUUAUGGCUACCAUCUUGACCCUGGUGCUCCUGUGUCAGCUGUGUGUUUGGAGGAUGGCAGCUGGAGUAACACAGGUUCAGUUCCCCAUUGCCUGCCUGUGCACUGUCCCAGCAUUGAAGGCGUCCUGACAGAGCACAUGACCUACCGCCUGCUCAUUGGCAGGCUGGCUGAGUUUGGUUCCACUGUGAUGUUGGAGUGCUCAACAGGCUUUUAUUUGGGUGUCGGGCAUCGAACUCUCGGUUGCCUCGCCAACGGGACCUGGGAAGGAUCGGAUGACCCAGCUACCUGCAAGAUCAUCUCUUGUGGGGAGCUUCCUACGCCACCCUUUGGUACGAAACUGGGGACACUGACUACGUUUGGAGCAACCGCCAUCUUUAUGUGUAACCACGGAUACACGCUGGUGGGGUCACAUGUGAGAGAAUGUGGCGCUGAUGGGCUGUGGAGUGGUGCAGAAACUAAAUGUUUAGCUGGUCACUGCGACUCUCCAGAUCCUAUAGUCAACGGUCACAUUAGCGGAGAUGGCUCAAGCUACCGUGACACUGUGGUGUACCAGUGCAUGUUGGGAUACAGACUAAUCGGCACAUCCGUCAGAAUCUGCCAGCAAGACCAUCGGUGGUCCGGAACAACACCUGUCUGUGUCCCCAUCACUUGUGGUCACCCUGGAAACCCAGCCAAUGGGCGAACCAAUGGCAGCGAGUUCAACCUCAAUGACGUUGUCAACUUCACCUGCAAUAAAGGUUACAUCCUCAGUGGGAAUGCCCGCGCUCAGUGUCGACUCAACGGACAGUGGAGCAACCCCUUACCUGUCUGCAAAGUGGUGAACUGUUCGGACCCUGGCCACGUGGAGAACGGUGUGCGCCAGUCCGGUCUGCGUUACCCAGAAGUUUUCAGCUAUGGCGUAACCGUGGCGAUCCACUGCAAGAGAGGCUAUUACCUUCUGGGCUCUGCGAUCCUCACGUGUCAACACAGCGGGCUGUGGGACCGACCAACGCCUCGUUGCUUAGCUAUUUCCUGUGGCGAUCCCGGCGUGCCACCUAAUGCAGCAGUCUCGGGAACCCACAGUUGGACAUACGGUUCUGUUCUGCAGUACUCCUGUUUGCCUGGCGGGGUUCUAGUGGGCAAUUCUACUCGCAACUGCCAAGAAGAUGGCACGUGGAGCGGAGCGCCGCCCUACUGCACAGGAGCUAGUCCUGGAUUGUGUGGAGACCCUGGGAUCCCUCCACAUGGCACCAGACUGGGAGGGGAAGAAUUUAAGACCAAGAGCCUUCUGCGUUUUAGCUGCGAGGCCGGGUAUAAUCUGAUUGGCUCAGCUGAGAGGACCUGUCUUCACAACAGCAGCUGGAGCGGUACGCAGCCUGUGUGUCAAGCUGUUUCUUGCGGUAACCCUGGCACCCCUGCCCAUGGAAGAAUUGUGUUCAACGACGGCAUCACCUUUGGCAGCUCAGUGGCUUACGCGUGUUGGGAAGGGUUUAAAACAUCUGGACUGACCACCAGACACUGCACAACAAAUGGCACAUGGACUGGUCAGCCCCCAGAUUGCACUGUGAUCAGUUGUGGCGACCCUGGGCCCAUCGCCAAUGGCAUCUAUUUGGGAAGAGAAUUUACCUUCAACCAUACUGUGGCCUACCGCUGCAACCCUGGCCACCUGAUGGAACCAGCUGGACGCAAUGUUCUGAGCUGCACUAAAGAUGGAACCUGGAACCAAACCAAGCCCAGUUGCAAAGUUAUCCAGUGUGGACAUCCCCCCCAAGUGCUCAAUGGAAAGGUCGAAGGGACUGAUCAUUCCUGGGGAUCCAGUGUGAGCUACAGUUGUUUGCAGGGUUACCAGAUGUCCAUCCCUGCUGUCUUAACCUGCGAGGGAAACGGGACUUGGACUGGAGACAUUCCACAGUGUUUGCCUGUCCUGUGUGGGGAUCCUGGUUCUCCUGGAGAAGGUUUCAGAGAGGGGAACAUCUUCUCAUACGGGUCAGAGGUCAGGUUUUACUGCCAUUCCCCCUAUGUGCUGGUGGGCUCUGCCACCAGACUCUGUCAAGCAGAUGGCAUUUGGAGUGGACAUCAACCAACCUGUAUAGAUCCAGCCUUCAACAGCUGUCGUGAUCCAGGAACUCCAGCCUACGGUAUUCCGAUCAUGGCCCAGGGCUUUCAGGUGGGCAGUAAGAUUUCUUUCAAGUGCCGCAAAAACUACCACAUCCUCGGUUCGACAACAAGAACGUGCCUGGAAAACCUAACGUGGAGCGGAACUCAGCCUGAAUGCAUAGCUCAUUCAUGUCGACAGCCAGAAACCCCCAGCAACGUGGAUGUUCGAGCUAUGGACCUGCCGACUUUAGGAUACACGCUGAUAUACACGUGUCAAGAAGGUUUUUAUCUGUCUGGUGGAUCAGAGCACAGAACCUGCAGAAGUGAUGGGAGAUGGACAGGGAAACCGCCGCUCUGUAAAGUUGGAGUGAAAGUAAAUCCCAAAGGCAGAGGGGAGUCAGACAUACAGAAGAAUAAGAUCCGUGUUCCAGCAGAUGUCUUCUCUCCAAACUCUGAGUGGAGCGGUUUCUACGAGUAUUUAGGGAAGAGGCAGACCACCACCUUUGCAGUUACUGGGUUCAACGCUACCAGCAGCCGAGUGAACGUCACAUUACUGGAGACCAGCGGCGUGUCGAUCAGACUGUCAGGUACUUACAAGUCAGAGGAGAACCAGCUGCUGUUGAAGGUGUACCAAGUGAAGGGGCCGACAGAGUAUUACUACAGCAAGUUUAAAAACGACAACUGGGCUAUGGAUGGAUAUGAAGACUUUGCAGGAACAAGGUUGCUGUCUGAGGGCGUUCUUUGACCCCCGUUAUUUACACUCCAGGGACCUGGACCAAAUAAGAAUACCUUGAAAAUGGCU